ACUUCUGUCUCCUGUGCAAAUCCUGCCCUCCGUAAGCACUUCUGCUCCUCUGAGUGGCCGCAUCCUGCUUCACAAUUUCAAAAAGGCGCCAGCAAGACCAAAGCAGAGCACAUUAAUACUUUCUCAGCUCAGCCCUGAAGCUCAGCCCAGGAAGCUGCCCUGGCAAACUUCGCACGUUUCAUAGGGUAGGCAUCAGCACUAGAGAAGAGGAAAUAUACAUCUAAACCCAAACAACAAGCUCGGCUUGAAGAAAACAUUGGUUUUCAAUGCGGCUAUGAAUUAAGCAGAAAAUACAAAAGAAAUUUGAAUGCCGCUUAAGAAGGGAAGGCCUGAGAGAAAGAAAUACUGACAAAGAGCAGGCAGAAAAUUCAUCAUGACAGAAGCAUUCACAGGAACGACAGCUGAAUACAGUUACGAUGAACAUGCUUUUGCCUGCAACAAGACUGACAUCCAAGAAUUUGGGAAAAUAUUUCUACCAAUAUUUUACAUCGCCGUGUUUGCUCUUGGCCUCACAGGGAAUGUAAUGGUGAUUGUUGCCAUUGUGAAAGAAGGGAGUAAAAAAAGCAUCACUGACAUCUAUCUCCUGAACUUGGCUAUCUCGGACUUUCUCUUUGUGAUCUCCCUGCCCUUCUGGGCUUCCAACACAGUGCGUGGAUGGACUUUAGGGACCAUUGCAUGCACAGCUGUUUCCUCCCUGUAUUACAUUGGUUUCUUUGGGGGCAUGUUCUUUAUCACUGUUAUCAGUAUCGACAGAUACUUGGCCAUUGUCCGGGCAACAUACUCUCUGAAAUCCAGAACAGUGAAACAUGGCUUGCUUAUAACCUGCGGAGUAUGGGCAAUAGCGGUUUUGGUUUCAGUGCCACAUUUUGUGUUCUCCAAGCUGGUAGAAAACGACUGCAUUCCUGUGUUCCCCCAGGAGCUGGAGAACAUCUGGCCGGUGUUCUGCAACGUGGAGCUGAACACCAUUGGCUUUUUAAUCCCAGUCUGUAUCAUAUGCUAUUGCUACUGUGGGAUGGUCAAAACCCUUCUGUCCUGCAAAAAUCAGAAAAAAACACGAGCCGUAAAACUGAUCUUGGUUGUGGUGGUCGUGUUUUUUCUGUUUUGGUCCCCCUACAAUGUACUGAUUUUUCUAGAGACUUUAAAGCACUAUGAGUUAUUCACAAAUUGCGACCAAAUUAAAUCACUGGACUACGCAAUGCACCUGACCGAAACCAUCGCGUUCAGUCACUGUUGUCUCAAUCCUCUUAUCUAUGCCUUUGCUGGGGAAAAAUUCAGGAAAUACCUCUAUCGUGUCUGCUUAAAGUACUGUCCAUGCCUGUGUUUCUGUGGCCCCUGCAGCCGCUACCAGGUCACCUAUUCAGCUAGCUAUGCAGAAAGCGUCGUGGUCAGCAACAUAACCCUGAACACCAGUGACCAGGAUGGAUCUGUCUUUGUCUAAAAGGCUCUGUGAAGAAGAAAGUCUUCUGCAGGACUAGCCAUCGCUGAGAGGUGUAGUUUUGAUGCUAUAUAUUGACGUGAAAGUGAUUUUGGGGUUAUAGAUUGCAACAAAUAUUUCACCUGUGCUU